AUGUCUGAUAUCUCGAUUGCCACGUGGAAAGGCACGGUCUGCGGUCAUAUCUUGGAAGCCUCGCCUGUCAGUACAAGUACUACUAGCUGGUACAUACAAAUAUCCAACACCAAUAUAUACGAGGCGUUUCACGUCGUCGCGUUCGCGACUGGCGGCUCCCACAAAUGCGCGAUUAAACGCGCUCGUCCCACCGCGGGUGUCGACACGCCCGCGCAUCAGAAAUUCCACGACCUACUUACCCACUUAUUAUGCGACUCCCGUAAGACAAUAGCGGCCCAAUUCCUGGCGCCGUCGCGAACGCCGCCAGAUGUCGCCGCAGCUUUGCUCGCGACGCGGGGCCCUGAUCACGGGCUGUUAGCCGACAAUCUUACCACUUCAAGUCUCCCUCCAUCUUCUCUCGGAGAGAGAGAAGCACGACCAGAACAGAACAGAGAACAGAACAGAACAGAGCGUCAGAACCAGGCAGCGCACAGUCCCCUUUUCUUUUCUCCGGUCGACGCCCUCGAAAUCACGAUAUUCUUUCGUCGCGCCACGGACUGUGCGCCGUCCGACCCAUCACCCGCCGUUGAUUCUCUGGGGCUUACAAUGGUGCUCAGUGGUCAGAAAUUCGAUACUUCCGGCAGUCUCCCGGUACAGCGAUAA